UAGUGACGUCAUGAGUUUACAGCGUACUGCAGUUAGCCUGUGCUAGCCGAGCCCGUUUGUUGGUUUCCUCUUGUGGUUUGUUCUUCUUUGACAUCGUUUGUGAUGGGAGCCCACGGGGUUCUGGGGAACGAGCCGGAGUCUUUGGACUACUCGGUACACGAAGCCUGGAACGAGGCCACGAACGUGUACCUGCUGGUGAUCCUGGUCAGCUUCGGCCUGCUCAUGUACGCCAGAAAAAACAAGAGGAAGAUCAUGCGGAUCUUCGCGCUCCCUCCCACUGUGGGCAGCAGCCCUGAGCCCAGCUUCUACGACAGCCUGCAGAAGGUCCGCCUGCGGCAGCAGCUGGAGAUGCACUCUCUGGCCAGGAAGUUUGAGCUGCAGCAGCAGACGGAGAGCGUGCAGCUGUCCAUGGAAUGAGAGGACGCUCGUGACCUCAAGCCUCCAUCGCUCGCACACGGUGACGGACUUCCAGAGUUGGUGAAAACCUGCUCUCAGAGUUUACAGUUUGUCUUCCCUGAGCAUCACUGGACACGAUCACAGCUGGAUGCUGAACAAGAAGCGGAGGGCCAGCUCUCAUAAAGAGAGCACACGCUGAGCUGCUGCUCAAAUCUGCGUUGAGAGCCACAUGAACUGUGACUUCUUCUUCUGGGGCACGACAUGUUUUCAUUCUCUUAGUUUUUAUUUGUCAUGUUUGUUAUUUGUUUAAUCAGGUGAAUAUUAAAUUGAGGAUUCUUAAAGUGAUUAUUAAAAGAAAUUGUGUAAUUAGUAGUUGUUUUUUAUCAGUGCUCCGACUAGUUUGUUUUUGCUAUUUAUUUUCUUAGACGCUGAAAAUGUCUUGUAUCAUCUAUGUUAUUAUUAUACAAUUCCAGAAUAUCGUGGUACUUAAUGUCAAAGUUGAACAUGAAACCAGAGCAUUAGUCCAGUGAUGAUGAUGAUUUCCAGAGGGCUGUUGUAGUCGUGUGUCAUCAUGAACUUCUCUGCAGAGCCUAAACCUGCUGCUGAUUCUUAUUUUUCCAUUCAGAGAAAGAACUGCAACUUCUGCCCAGAGACAUUGACAGCAUAUGAAUGUACUAAACCAUGAUGAUAAAACAAGUUUAACACAAAUAACCCCGUUUAAUAAAAGAUGCAAAUCCA